AUGAAUUCUGAAAAAGAGAAGGAUAAUAAAAAAAAAAAAAAUUCAAAUAAAAAAAAAAAACCUGAGAACAAAUGUAGCAACGAAGAGAAAUUCAACAUAAAUGAAGUAACUAAUGAUAUAUCAUCUUUGCCUUCAUCAAAUGAUUAUAUUGAAAGUAAUUUAAAAAAAAAAAAAAAAAAAAAAUGUGAAGAAAAUAAUAUGAAAGAAGAGGGGAAAAAAAAAGAUUAUGCCCCUUCAGAAGAAUAUGUAUUACCUGAUGAAUUGAAACAAGAAAGUUCAAAAAAAAUUAAGAAACAAAUGAGUAAUACUUUAAAUGAAAAAUUUAAUGUAAAGAAAGAAAAAGGAGAAUAUGAUUCUAUGGAAUUAUAUGAAAAUAAUAAGAAAGGAAAAAAAGAAAAAAAAAAAAAAGAAAAAAAUAAAGAAAAAAAUGUAGAAAUAAAAGAAAAUAAAGAUAAGGAAAAGAAAAAAGUUCGUUUUAAAGAAGAUGAAAUAACUACAGAAAAUAUUCUAAAUUAUUUCAUUGACAAUUUCAAUAAUAAUAUAAAUAUAGAGCACGACGAAUUGUGUCAAUUAUUAACAGGAAAAAAAUUUUAUGAUAUAGAAAGAUUAGCAAAAAAUGCUACAGAUAUUACUCAUUAUUCUAUAAUGAAUAAAAAUAUUCAGAAAGAAAAAGAAAGUUAUUGUAAAAACUGUGGUUAUAUAUAUAAUUAUGAUGAUUAUAUAUAUAUGUACAUAAAAAUUUUUAAUUCAUUAAAACUAGAUGAAAAGGAGGCUGCAUAUGACAGUAUUAAAUGCAUUUACUGUGGAACCAUAAUUGACGAUGUAGAGUUACAAAACCAAUAUAAUGAUAAAGAAAAUUAUAUUGAACUACAUUCCUAUAGAGAAAAAUAUGUAUUUGAUAAAAACAAAAAGAAAUAUUGGAAAAAUAAAAUUAUAUCACUUGACAAAAACACUUCAUUAUUUAAAGAAGAAAAAAAUAAAGCAUAUAAUAUAACUUAUGAAAAAUGUACUGAGUGUGGUAAUGACUUCUUACAUUUUAUAAAUAUCCAAACGAGAAGUGCUGAUGAAGGAUCUACUAUUAUUUAUUUUUGCCCUCAAUGUAAAAAACAAACAACCGUAUAUAAUUAA